CCCGCUGCUGCGCUUCACAAGAACCUCCGUGCGUCUCCAUCAUUCACCCGUCCUGCAGAGCCGAACCGAGAGCUCACGGAACCGAACUUAGCUCCAGAUGGACGGGACGCGUGAGCUCUGACAGCACGGCUCUCAUUGGUGGAUGUUGGGCUCGGUUCGGAGGUCCAAUCUCGGUCUGAUUGUUCGCUAUUGUUCGGAUGUGUGACGGUCCUAAUAUGAGUUCUGCUAUCGUCUGGAGCGCGCUGCUCGCCACCUUCACCAUCGUCAUCGUCAUUCAGAGUGUGGUUUCGUUCCAGGUGGAGUUCCAGGAUGAGAUCCGGUUGCUGAUGCGUUUGGAUGCUGAUGAUGUCAGACAGAAUAUGUCCAUGUAUUCAGUUCGAGUGUCCGGAGAACCUUACACACACACUCUCGUGUUCUCCAGACCCAACAACAAUCAGACACUCCCAGAAGCGCUGCUGUUUAACAUCUCAUAUCACGGCCUGUGUUAUACCAUCAGUCUGCUGCUGGGAAACAACCCCAAACCUGUUCAAACAGUCACGCUUCUCACCAAACCUCUUCCUCUAGACAGCGUCCAGAUAUCUGAUUAUGGUCCGAGUCCAGAAACAGCCGUUGUGUUUCACAUCAGUUCUCCCGAGAGAAACAUCUACACUCGAGUAAACAUCAGUUACACAGAGGGUCAUCAUCAGCGUUAUAUGCUUUAUAAAGAUUUUUUCAAAGGUAAAACAGUCUUUAAGCAUUGGCUAUCAGGCACAUGUUACAGUAACAUCACCUUCCAGCUGAUCUCAGAAGUCACAGUCAACAGGACGACACUGAUGAAACACAGUGACAUCACUCAUGAACCUCAGUAUCACAGGACGGUCCCAAACCCUCCGCUCAACGUGUCCUUCAGGAUCAUUCACCUCAGUGACCGGGGUUCAUCUGCAAUUAUAGCACUUCUGAAGGCUUCCCACAAUGCAUCUGUGUCUCGUAGGACUCGUGAAGUCUCUUCAGCUGAAACAAACAGUGAAGAAAUGAAAAGUGAAGUCUUGAGUGCCACUGUGAUCCAAACGACCGUGGAUCCAUCUGAAAACCUGACCCACAGCUCAGAGUUUAGUACAGAUGUUUAUCUCACGACAGCAGAACCCAUCCAAGAAAACAACACCGACACGCUCUGGACAGAAUCGACAGGAAGUCCGGCCCCGACUGAAGUGGAUGAGUUUGUCAAUGGUUUGAUACCAGAAUAUGAGGAUUCAAAUGAGCCUGGUUCAGCUAUGAGUCUGAACUUUGAAUCGACUGUCCUGCCGACCCCUCCGUCUCCAAUUCUUCUUGAGUUACGAUGGUUACCGCCCAGUCCACCGACAUCCUUUGAUGGCUUUAACAUCUACAUCUACCGUGAUGGAAACAUCACAGAGACGGCAUCAGUGGAUGAAAACACUCAUGAGUUCUUCAGUGAACUCUCAGAAGCAGGAACGUAUCGAAUCCAUGUGUCAACGCUCAGUUCGUCUGGAGAUUGUGAACCCAGAGAGAGUUCAGCAGACACCGGAUUCACUUUCUACCUUAGUCCGUCAGGUGAGUGGAUGGCUCAACCUCAGGAGCGUCCACAGGCUGUCAGUGUGAAGAUGUUGGACUCAAGCACAGCUGCUGUCUCCUGGGCUCCAUCAGCUCACAAAUACAACAGCAGUCUGAUCUCAGUUCUGUCACUCACGUGUCUGCAGCCCAGCAUCAGUCAGCGCAUGGAGAGCACCUACUGCUCUGAGGAGAACAUCACCAGUGAUGUCAUCACUAAUCUGAUGCCGGGUGCUCAGUACAGAGUGAUGGUUUAUCACACUAAUGGACCACUGAUUAGUCCCCCUUCCGAGCCGGUCAUCAUCGAUAUAGAGCCCACGGGGGUUCGGGAUCUGGUGGUUUAUCCUCUCAGUCCCACGGCUGUGAUUUUGAGCUGGCAGAGGCCUUAUAACGUCGCCUUCCGGAAAUACGUCCUGCAAACCUUCUUCUUUAAUUCAGCCGCACAGACAUCGCAGUGGACGACUUACUACGAGAUCGCCGCCACAGCAUCUGUCAUCGCUUCAGUGAGAGUGACGGAUCUAUUACCGGCAUGGUACUACAACUUUCGUGUUACCAUGGUGACGUGGGGUGAUCCGCCCCUGAGCUGCUGCGAAAGUUCGACCGUGAGCUUUGUUACAGCUCCAGAAGCUCCUCACAUCUCAACUGUGGAUUACUCUCACGGGAUGCUGUACGUGCGGUGGACGUAUGGAGAUCUCUUCACUGACCUGUCUCACUCUCGGAUGCUGCACUGGCAGGUGGUGGCGGAGGGAAGGAAAGGAUCCAGACGAAGAUACACUGUAGAUGUCACUCGUAACAUGAUGAAGGCAUCUCUGGCUCUUCCUCCGGGUGACAUCUAUAACCUGACAGUCACUGCCUGCACAGAGAGAAGCCGUAACACAUCACUGCCUCACAUCAUGAAGCUGGAUCCGGCCCCUCCAAAGUCUCUCUACGCCAUUAACACCACAGAUACGGCCGUCACACUGCUGUGGACUGAAGACGGUGUUGUUGAUUUCUACCAGAUCAUCUGUAGACAACUGGGACUCAACAGAAAACAGAAAGUCCGUGAGCCGCUGGUCACCGCUUCACAUGUUUUGACAGUCUCUGGUCUUCAGCCGUCCACAUCAUAUAACUGUUCUGUGAUCAGUAUGAGCUACAGCAGCUCCAGUGAACCCGUUCACAUCAGCAUCACCACCUCAGUACGUGAAAUGAACCCGAGUGUUGCCGCUAUCUCAGCUCUGGCGGUUCUCAGUGUUUUGUUGAUCAGUCUGCUGGUUCUCUUUCUGUUGGUGUUACGGAAGAAACACAUGGAACUGAACCGGGAAUGUGCAGCUGAAACCUUUGUCAAUUUCGCAUCUUUUGAGCGGGACGGAAAACUUCCAUAUAACUGGCGCAGGAGUCUGUUUGCGUUCCUCACGCUUCUCCCAUCCUGCCUCUGGACUGACUAUCUUUUGGCCUUUUAUAUUAAUCCGUGGAGUAAAACAGCACUUAAGAAGAGAAAACUAACCAGUCCGGUUCAGCUCAGUGAUUUUGAGACUUACAUCAAAGAUAUGAGCAGAGAUUCGGCGUACAAAUUCUCUCUCCAGUUUGAGGAAUUGAAGAGUGUUGGUCUGGAUUUGACUCAUGAAGCUGCUGAUAUGCCCAUCAACAGACCCAAAAACCGCUACACCAACAUCCUGCCCUAUGACUUCAGUCGGGUUAAACUGAUCUCACUGCACAAUGAUGAAGGUUCAGAUUACAUCAAUGCAAACUAUAUUCCUGGUUAUAAUUCUCCGACCGAGUACAUUGCCACACAAGGACCGCUUCCUGACACCAGAAAUGAUUUCUGGAAGAUGGUUUUACAGCAGAAGUCUCACAUUAUUGUUAUGCUGACGCAGUGUAAUGAGCGCAGAAGGGUGAAGUGUGACCAUUACUGGCCAUUCACAGAAGAGCCUGUGGCGUGCGGCGAGGUGACGGUCGAGAUGAUGUCAGAGACAGAGUCACCGGAGUGGACCAUCAGAAAUUUCAGACUGGGAUAUGCUGAUGAAACUCAAGACGUUUUACACUUUAAUUACACAUCGUGGCCCGAUCAUGGCGUGCCCACGGUCAACGCCAUCGAGAGCAUAUUGCAGUUUGUACAAAUUGUCAGACAGCAGGUGAACAGGACUAAAGGACCGAUCAUAGUUCACUGCAGUGCUGGAGUGGGUCGAACCGGCACAUUCAUCGCUCUGGAUCGGCUCAUGCAGCACAUUCAAGAACAUGAAUAUGUGGAUAUUUUGGGCUUGGUGUCUGAGAUGCGCUCACACAGACUGUCUAUGGUCCAGACUGAGGAGCAGUACGUGUUUAUCCAUCAGUGUGUCCUGCUUAUGUGGAAGAAGAAGAAACAUCAAUCCCACACCAGUGAUGUCAUCUAUGAGAACGUCAGCAAGUCUUAAUGAAGUCCUGCUGACGGUCUCUUCUCCUCAGUGUUCAGAGUUGAGAGACGUCAACACCAACAAACCAACAGUCGUACAGGAGAAGAUCUCCCUCACGCACCGCCCUCAACACACACACACACACACACACACACAGCUUCUCAUCCGCAGCUGCAGUCAAAUGCCUUAAAGUCCUGCAUCAUUCUGCAGCGAUCACGACUGCACGACCUGCAGUUUCAUCCAUAUUUACUUUCAUUUAGUUUCUGUGUCAAUCUCAGGAUCAUCCCGCCACCCUGCUGGACACCCGGAGUAAUGCAGGACAGAAGAGUUACGGCGUUACAGCGCUGUGAAGUACUGUAUGUAUCUGUCCAUAGUAGUGUUAGUUUUCACACCUUCAGCUGAGGUCCUGCAUCACGUUCAUCUCCUGUCAGCAAAUGUAAAGACAUUCGGGACGUGAUGAUGUUCUUUAAUAUUCCAGCACUGCCAUAAACACACACACAGUGUAUGUGAAGAGUGUUUGAUCUGUUUCCAUGUAUAUGAACAUAAGAAGGAAAUGACAGAGAUGCUUCAGCAGAACUUUGCAGCCGUAUGGACGCGCAGGUGUGUGUGUGUUAAAGAGUACAGCGGAGUAUUGAUGAAUUGUUUUGCACUGAUCAUAUCUAUUGCUGUAAACUGUGUUCUCCAGUAGCUGCGCUUCUGUGACUGUGAAUUGUGUUUUUAAAGUCUGUGCGAUCUUUAUCAACUCAACACAGACCUGUAACAUCUGAGACAGAGAUGAGCUGCUUGUGUCAAACACAACACUAGUUGCGUUACCCUUCGACUUGCGCAAAUUGAAAUAGCGAAUUGAACACGCACCCAAUGGAAACACAGCGGUGUUAACUCCCAGGACAAAAGAGCUAUGUUUGACUUUGUGUCCCGUCACAAGAACCGACAAUGGCAUUACAUCAAAAUACAGUCAGAGCGAUUCGUGAGUCAAAUGCUCUGUUUUCUUUCAAGACGCGUUUGCGGUAUUUUGAUGUCGGUUUGCACGGUGCCGACAAUAGUUACGUUUAAGACGUAAAAAAUCGGUUAAUGAAAACGCCGUCAUCCGUUUUUGUAGACAUUUAGACAAUUAUGUUAAACUUGUAUAAAUCUUUAAUGGAAACACAGCCACUGUUGAUCUAGGUCAUUAGUUUGUUUUUCUUGUACGGAGUUUCUAAAUGUCGAUAAGAAACUAUUGCAAAAUGACGGGGUUUCCAUUUAGAGAUGUUAUGCAACUAAAGCGUUAUUUUUCCGCUCGCGAUGAAUGAUUCCAAAUAUUAUCAUUUACGUAUAUCACAGACGUGUUAUCCAAGUAUUAAUAUCAAGGAAAGCCUCAUGUGAUCAUGAGACUUUUAUGCACAUGAGGUGACCUUUAAAUGUGAAAAUUUGCAGUAUUGCAAUAUAUUGCUUUCUCGAAUCGCAUAAAGCACUGCCUCAUAUGAGCGUAAAAACACUUGCCAUAAAUAGUUCUGCAAAAUUGACGUGUUCUCAAUUCGCAAUUUAAAUCAGUGCAAUUUGAAAGGGGAUGGAAACGCAGUUAUUGAUGGAUGAUUUAGGAAUCAAAUGAACAUUUACACAGUUGAGAUCCAGGCUGACGUUAAGCAGCUCAUGUCUGUCCGAGUAAACACAGAGUCCAGCUGCUGUUGGUGUUGAAUUUGAGCUCUGUGCGCAUCGUAAAGCUCCACAGAUGAAUCUCACUCAUUGCACAUCGUCGUGUUUCUGCCAGUGUGGUGAGUUUGACCGUUGCAUGCUGCAAAGUGAAAGAAAUUACUUUAGUCUCAUUGUUAGGUUUAGACUUAAGAUCAGACGUUAAAUCUGAAUUUGUAUUUGAUCGGACUUGCCUGUUUAUCAGACACAUGAGUUUUCAAACACCUCAAGGUUACAGAUGAAUGAAAACUUUACCUAACAACUAGACUGCGUUUUAUAAUUCAACAAUUAGGCACUGAACUUACUGUUACUGUAAAUACUGUUGAUUUUUACAUGAAAUGACAAAAGAGAUACUGUAUUGUGCUAAAUGAUCCGGGUACAUGACUUAACUAGCUAGUAAACUAGAGAACUAGUUCAUGUGGCAGAAGUCAGUGUGUGAAUCUGCAAUUUUCUCUGGAAAUGAGAGAAACUUUCCUCUAGAUUGAGAUUUUGAGUUAUUACAGGCACAUUUAGUUUUUCAUUUGACAUUAGUGUUUGUCCAGGUCAGACUUGUCUGUCUUUUGAUGUCAUUCUUGUGUAUCGUGUGACUUCAAGUAGCCGAUCGAUCCACUCUCACAGUUUCAAUGUGUGUUUGUUUGAAACAAAUAAAGUCAACAUUUGAAUACUUAA